GAUACAUACAUACACGUUAAAUGUAACCAAUGCCCCCUCUACCCCCCGGGGAACUUCAGCAUCCUUUCCCGCCAAAUUUUUCUCCUUUCGCUUGGAGAAACAAAAACGAAAAACCAGGCGGAUAGGAGGUGAUACAGGGUACAGGACAAAGAGAGAAGGGAGCGGUACCGACAAAAUUGGCUGCUUUGACCCGUGAAAAUAUAUAUUAACAAGGACAACCGUUUCAGUUCAAAGACAACCCGAAUCAUAGGAUUAUAAGACGAAACAUAACCUUGUUCAGGUAUGUCGGCACGCGGGCCAAUCAAUAAGGCAAAUAAUGAAGAAUACACCGAAGAAGAUUCAGAAGGAGUCAGUGAUCGUUGUUAUCGUCUGCUGAAAACCGACUACGAAAUAUGCCGGCAAGAAAUACACGACAUAAAACGGAAAUUCGAAUUAAACGAAGCAAUGCUUCGAGAAGUUCAAGAGACGAAUGAAUUACUCGAGCAUACUUUCGAACAACGAGUUUCGGAGAAGGAACAAAUUAUUUCUGAAGUUGAAGAGAAAUACCGUCUUACAACUAAAGAAUACGAAAAUAUCAUUUCGGGACUCGAAACAAAAUUAGCAAAACAGUCGACGGAAAUUGAAAAAUUGCGUCAAUGCGUUAAUCAGCAAAAAGAAACUGAAUGCGUGGAAACUGUGAAUCAAGUAGCAAAUAUUUCCCUUCAGGCAGACAAUGCUUCCCUUAAAAAACGCAUCGAUGAGCUUACACUAAUGUUACGCGAUGAAAAACAAAGAUCUCAAAGUGCCGUAGAAACGAUCGAUGAACUGAGAGCACGAUGCAAUGAAUUUGAAUAUGUUGUUCGGAAUAUCAAAGAACAGUUGAAUGAGAAAAGCACAGCUUUAGAAGAUGCUCGAGCUGAGCUCGCACUAAGUCGUACAGAGGCAGGAUCCCUGAAUAUAAAUCCUAUAGCUGAUACAUCUAAAGGAAAUUCACUUUUUGCCGAAGUAGAAGAUCGCAGACGAAACGUAGUGGACAAAAUGAACACAUUACGCGAUAAGUACACAGAAGUGAAACGAAUAUGCAAAGCACAAGUGGCAGAGAUCAAAACUUUAAGAACAGAACGAAUUGCAGUACUUAGCAAGUGGGAAAAUGAUACAGAUCAUGCUCUAGCAGAAAAUAAUGAAUUAAUUCAGAAAUACAAGAACAGGAUAUCUGAUCUUGAAAGAAAGUUGAAGUCUGAGAUUAAGAAAAAUGACGAGACAAAACAAUUGAAUUUUAAAGAUGCGUCUUUUGGGUAUUUUCAAUCUUUACUGGAUACCAAGAAAAAGGAAACAGAUGAACUUCGUAUAAAAGUAGAAGACCUAUCCACGCGUUUGUUAGUACAAGAAGAAACUAAAAUGAACAUUACCAAACAGCUACAGUACUCGCGACACAAGACAUCGUUGCUGGAAGUAAUUCUAUUUAAAUCUUAUUGCGCUCAAGAAUGUAACUCUUGAAUGUAACUGUAGGAAGUUAUUUUAUUCUCCAGGCUCAAGUAUCUGUUCUAGAAGGUGAGUUAACGUUACGAUUUGCAGACAAUAAGAACGCUAAAAUGCACGUAAAAGA